CAAGGUGGACAAAGCUUCAGCCAGAGCUCGGAGCUGAUGGUCCAGGAUCAGCUUCAUGAUGGGGAGAAGCCCUACAAGUGCUUGGAGUGUGGGAAGAGCUUCAGGCGGAGCAGCACCCUGACCUGCCACCAGAUGAUCCACACUGGGGAAUGGCCCUACGAGUGUGGGGAGUGUGGGAAGGGCUGCAGCUGCUGCUCCGCCCUUGUCAGGCACCAGCGCAUCCACAUUGGGGAGAGGCCCUACAAGUACCCUACCUGUGGGAAGAGGUUUCACACCAGCUCCCAUCUCCUUUUGCAUGAAAGGAUUCACACCGAUGAGAGGCCCUUCCGCUGCCCUGACUGCAGGAAGGGCUUCAAGCAAAACUCCCACCUCGUCACCCACUGGCGCACACUCACUGGGGAGAGGCCCUACGAGUGUCCCCAGUGUGGGAAGAGCUUCUCAGACAGCUCUAACUUUACCAGACACCAACGGAGGCACCAGUAA